CUUCCCCAGUCGUGAUCCUCCACAUCUCGUUCCCCAACUUAUCUAGGCCCCCUUAUGUCGGCUACGGUCGACAGUUUCAACUUCUUAAUAAGCUAACACGUCGCUGUUAUUAUUCCAAGCUACCAUAUUGAACACCAUGGCCAAUCCGUACAAAGAGCUUAGGCUUGCUAUUGAGAAGGGGGACUCUCUCAAAGUCAAUGAACUCUUAGACAGUGGUCUUUCGAUGGAAGUUGGACACGUUUUAGCUGCAAUACAGAACAAGGAUACCAUUAUGCUCAAAUUAUUCCUUGAUCGUGGAUGGGAUAUUAACACGGACGUGAGUAAUAUUAUUCCAUCUGCACUGGUGUAUACCUUCGAAGACAUGAAGCUCCUUAAAUGGUUUCUGAGCCAUGGCGCGAACCCGAACAAAUCAUGCCGUAUCCGUGACUGUACACCGCUCUCAUUUGCUGUCAGAGACGCGUCUUUAGAUAUUGUUAAGUGCCUCUUUGAGCACGGCGGUCAAGUUCAGCAUGGGCAGCUUUUACACUACGCGUCUAUGCGAACCAGAGAUAGCAACUGUGAGGUGUUAAGAUUCAUCUACAAUCUAGAUCCGGGCUAUAAUAAGCUACGGAUCAAUAACCUACUGGAUGAAGGAUCACGAAAUUAUCUCAUGAAUGAACGGAGUGGACUUUGCACCCCCUUGCAUUACGCUGCUAUCUGCGGCUCAGUGGAUAGAGUGAACUUUCUUCUGGAUAAGGGCGCAAUUCCCGAUCUUCUGGAUCCUUAUCGCCGCAGUGCGAUUAGUUAUGCUAUUUAUAAUAGGCAUGACGAUGUUGAACAGCUCUUGAAGGAGAGGUUGACCGGUGAGACGACACGCGCUAUCCUCGUGGAUGGUAGUCAUAUUGAUGGGAUUAGUUGAAUGGUAGGCUCGGAGUUGGUGUGUUAUUUAGGUUCAGUGGACCAUUUUCUCUCUUUAGUGCAGUCGGAGCACUUUCUACAUUUCUGUCGACUGCAGUGGCGAGGCUCAUCACAUCACAUCACAUGGACUGAACAUGGGGCUACUUUGAGACACUAGGGUGGAUGACGGAAGGAUUAACAUGUUGUUUAAUAGCUAACUCGUGUUCAUUCAUUCAGGUUGUGUCGGAACAGGCGUUUAACAGGAAAGGCUAAGCAGCAGGACUGUAAGGAAGUGCAUUAUGGUCUAUAAAUUGAUAGGUUAACUUACUGGCGUUUGGUUCCUACAUUUACCAAUCUGCGUGCGCGUACAGCUUUUGCCUCAGGCGAUAAACGAUUAAUUCCAACUCAGAGAAAACCUUGAAACUAGC